AUGCUCAUAACAGAUGCGCUGUCCUAUGAAAACUUGUCUGAGCCUGAUGUCUACAAUGGUGACUCGGACAGAGAAGAUAAAGUGAAUCACAUUUGUUCCCCAGACAAGGGCCUGCUCAGAAAUAACCUGUCCACAUCGUCACUGGACAUAAGCCUCCAUGAGGACUAUGUUAGUGAUGAGAGUGUUGUUGUCAACUCUAUAACUACUAAUGACCAUCCUUGUCAGCAGGAACAGGAAGAAUUCCUGCCAAUCUAUCUUGGCAAGCAGGCUACUCCUGCUUCCCAUUCUUCGGCUUUUGAAGAAGAUAUAAGUGAAAAGAAUCAAGAUAUAAAAUGUGAAUUAUCGAACCAUCAUGUAAUUAAAACUGAUGAUGUAUUUUCAGAUAAGGCUUUGAACUCUCAAGUUAUUUACAAAUCUAAUGUCUCCACUUCUGUUUAUCACCAACAGCAGCAGCAGCAGCAGCAUAACAAACACCACCCCAAUCCUUUAGACCCCUACCCUCAUCAUGAUCAUUCUGAAGAGUUUUGGUCUGGCCUAGAAGAAGAGAGAGAAAAGAAGCAGGGGGUAGCAUGGAGAGAAGGGAAGGGUGUUUGUAGUGGUCCAGAAACAAAUAUUCACAGUGUUAAUGACAGAAAGUGUGUUCUGGUUGUUAAGAUUAAGCAGGAGGAAGUGAUGGGUGGUGAAGAGGACAAAGAAGAAGAAGAAGAAGAAGAAGGUAAAGGAAAAGAGAGAGGAAAAGUUGAGAGUAAAGUGGAGGUGGUACCAGUGGUAGGUUUAAAGUCAGCUGACAUUUACAGAGCAGCAGGGCCUGGGAUGCCAAUGUCUGAGUUUAGACCGCCCCAUAUUGGCCAACAUCAACAUCCACAGUAUAUCACUUCCAGGAAUGAACACACAGCUACUGGUGGCUGUAACCCAGUUGGUACUGGGGGAAACAUCAGUGAGGAGGUGACAGAAUCCACCACUGAGACUGCUGGCACCACAGAAACUGGUGGAAAGGCUGUUGGUACCAGGCGACAACUAGGAGGAAGUUAUGAAAAGCAGAACUACCCCAUCCACAAGGCUGCAAAUACGACGACUACGACACAACACAGAGGAGGGGACAAAACUGGUUUACUUACUCAACUUGUGGCAGGGAAAGAGGCGGACUCACUCGACUAUGAGUUGCAGUCGAGGCUAGAUGUAGAACCAAUAGUCUCGCUAGUCGAAAGGAAGAAUGUUUGUGACAUCGACCCGCAAAAAAUGACAGAUCCAUUAAGGGUCCAGUCAAAACAACUGAAAUUUAGUAACUAUCAAAUUAAACUGACCAACUCUGUUACAGAAAAUUCCUGUAAUACAACAGAGGGUGACAAUGCAAAUGAAAAUGAAAAUUUGUCAAAAGAAGAGGAUUUACUGAUGGAGGGGCCGGCAAGUUCCGAUUUAGUUACCCGAGUAAGAGGUCCGUUCUUAGCCUCAGAAAUGGGUAUACUCGGUGGGCAGAUGCUCAGUCCAUGUAGUAAUGAUAGCAGCAGCUUCAAAGACAUGAGUGAUGAUGUGGUCACACCACUUAGCGAUGUUCAGGGGGUUUUUGAUCACGAUACACAACAUUCUGAAGAAGAUGUGGAUAGUAACUUUGAACAAAACGAGGUGGAUGAUGACAAACAUGAUGAGACACCUGGCAGUGAGGAAGAGAGUGACUCUGGAAGCGUUCUGAUCGAGAUAGAAGACAGUCCUCUGCAGGUGUCUGUUGGAAACGAUGAAGGAGAAAUUAUCGUCGAAGAGCAGGAUUAUGCAUCCGAGGAGAGAAAUUACAGUGACAGUAACAGCAGUUUUGUGAGUGAUAUGAUCAUGGGGGAACGUCCCAUUGUGGAUGCUGGCGAAGAUCUUGCAGAGGUGACGCUGGAUGGUAAUGAGACUCAAAACUUGUGGCUGGUAAUUGAAACUGAAAGUCAAUAUGACAACAUGAGUACUUGCAUGACACUUGAAAACAUUGCCGAAUCAAGCAUUGGGGAAGACGUGGAAGAAUUAUUUGAUCAAUCUCCCAAUGUUGAAAUUGAUAAUAAUUCUAUGGGAAUUCCUGAGAAAGUUCCAAAUAAGAAAUUAAACUUUUUUAAGGAGAUUCCAUCGCAGGAGUUUGAUGUGGAUUCCCCAGAUUUACCUGAUGGGGAAGGAUCAUAUACUGAUGACAGGAAUACAAUGACAGAAAAUAAUUCUUUAGAAACAAUGCAAAACAAUUCUAAUGAACAAGAAUUUAAUGUUGAGUCUUCGGAUAAGGAACUUUUACUGCAUUCUUCUAUUAAUGAGAUUGGCAAACCUGUUGAUUCCCUAGAUGAGAAUAAUCCUCCAAGAGUUGCCGAUAACACUGUUGAUAACUUUAAGAGUCAAGUUCCGAAAGAAAUACUUGGAAAGACUGAAUUUCCAGAAGAAUACCUACCUGACAUCGAUGUCAAUUCAAACAAGGACAUCCAAAAUGGAAAAUGCCAGUUUUCCGAUCCGGUAUAUUGUCCGAAAUUUGAUAGGAACGAGCAGAUUUCAUGCUACAAUGUGUCACAGGAAAUCAAUCUGGAAGAUGGGAAUUUUGCUAUCUUGAAAAGCGAUGGCUCCAAAAAGUCAAAGGAUAGCAAUGCACAGGAUUUUACUCUUCGUCAACUCCAAGGAACUCUCAAUCUAAGGAAACAGCGAAUUCUUGAACUUUGUGGGCAGACAGAAAUGACACCAAAUAAAAACCAGAAACCACCACUUUCUCCAUCAAAAGUAACAGAGAAGAUAGCAAGACCUACAAGUUUCAAGAGUACAGACACUCUCAGCAUCAGUCCCCAGAGUUCUAGUUUAAGCCCAAGUCCUACAAGACGAGAAAGUUCUUCAAGCAUCAAUAUCCCAAAUUCUGAGAUGGUACAGAGCAAUGGUUCAAAUUCUGAUGGGCAGAGCUCUCCGAUGAAAGAGAGUUGGAUUAAACACGAAGGGAAAUGGAAAAGAUGCUACGUCCUUGAUGAUGGAAAAUGCAUACCAACUGAAGAAUACAAGAUGAAAUCACCAGUGUCUCCAAGUUAUGAAAUUAUCCAGAAUUCUUCUGAGAGAUAUGAGAAUUAUAAUGAGAGAUGGUAUCCGUCUGAAAGACCUGCGGAUAUUAAUGUUGAUAGGUUUGAGGAAUUAAAUCAAAAUCUUACAUAUGAAGAAGCUCCAACACCUGUUGCAAGAAGCUUUAACGAGGGACCAGAAAAGUUACUGUUCAAUACAAAUGAACUAAUGAGAGAAAGUUCGGCUGAUGAAAGUAUGGAAGAUACCCAGGUACAAGAGAUAGGAGAUACCCAGGUACAAGAAAGUCAGGCAGCUGAUAAAACCAGCAGUAAAAAAUAUGAUUUUGUUGAUGGAAUACAACAUGAUCAUUGGACUGGUGAAAAUGAUUCUCCAAAAAACAAAUAUCUGGAUAUACUUGAAGAUGUAAAAAAUAGUCAAGCACCCUUUCAGUGCAACUCAAGCCAAAUGCAGUUAGAAUUGGCAUUCAAAUCACCAACUGAUCGAACUACAUCUGAGCAGAAGUCAUUCUCACCUGAAAUUGUGGAUGAUAUACCUUUUGUUGAUAUGGAUUAUACUGUGCUUCCAUCUCGCAGUGAAACCCAUAAAUUGCAUUCUCCCGAAAUGAAGGAUGUAAAGUCUCUUUAUGAAAAAGAAGAAGAAUAUUUAGAGAACCUUGCACAAGAAAGUAACAUUUUAAAAGACGGCAUAGAAGAACCACAUCAAGGAGAUUCUCUUUCUGCAGAACCAUUUUCAGCACCAAUACGACCAAUUAAUUUAGAUGUCAAGCCAUCUGUUGAAAUGGAUGCUGAGCCCUCGUCUGGAUUGAAUACUGUGACCCGAGUCAAUUUGGAUGGUUUACCUUUGGUCCCAAUCAAUGACUCAAUUGAUGUGUCUUCUGUUGACUUGGAGAAUGAGCCAUCAGUUGAGCCAGAUUCUACCUUGGUUCAUCCUAGCAAAGAGCACUUGAAACCUACAGAUGUUGACUCAAUUAGCAAAAAGAUUGAAGAAUCAAAGAUACCUCCACCUUCUGAAAAUAUGAAAAUUGAAGAACCAGAAAAGAUACCUGAAGAAUUAAAUAAAGAUCAACUUCUAAAAAUGGAUGUGAACUCUCAGGAUGUGGACAGUAAUCAGCCAACAGAUUUAGGCAUAACAUUAGAACAGGAUGAAAAAUGUCUACCAAAAAUGGAUAUGAAGUCACAGGAAUCGGAUAAUAAAAAUCAGAAAGAAUCAGUUGUUGGAAGCGAAGAAUUGAACCAUGACUUUCCUGAAGAAAUAGAAAUUCCACACCAUGAAUUAGACAAUGAACAACCUGAGGAAUGUGACACACCACCUGCAGAUUAUAUUGCCAACUCAUUUGAUGGUUCAGGGACAAAACCCCCAGCUAAUGUGCAAACUGUUACUCCAGUUGGCUCAAUUAAUUCUCUUUCAGAAAAAUCAGGUCUUGUUAAUAAAAGAAAUGAGUUUGACAGAAAUGAUUCCCAGCAGAAGAUACGACCAACCAACUUUGAAAGAGAAAUUCAGCCAUAUAUCAAAGAAGCUCUUCACAUCUAUCUAUCUAUCUAUCUAUCUAUCUAUCUAUCUAUCUAUCUAUCAUCUUCACAUCAUAUCUAUCUAUCUAUCUAUCUAUCUAUCUAUCUAUCUAUCUAUCAAUCAUCUUCACAUCAUAUCUAUCUAUCAUCUUCAUAUCAUAUCUAUCUAUCUAUUUAUCUAUCUAUCUAUCAUCUUCAUAUCAUAUCUAUCUAUCUAUCUAUUUAUCUAUCUAUCAUCUUCACAUCAUAUCUAUCUAUCAUCUUCACAUCUAGCUAUCUAUCCUCUUGUUGCCACUAUUGA